AAUAACAACUCAUUCCUCCAUACCAUUGCAAGCCUUUGCACAUCUCUUUGUAUCAUCCCCCUAUGACAUCAUGUGUUAAUCUCAUCUCAGGACUGCAACCCAGGAUUGCAUUGAGUGGGAAGAUACAAUUUUUACAGCAUCACCAAAAAGCAUAAGAUUAUUUAGCAAACACAUUUUGAGUUUCUCAGCUGAGCCAAAGGAAAUCAAGAAAUCUCUUGAAAUCAAGGAAAUCAAGGAAUCAAUUACUUACACCAAGCUGAGCAAGAGACAACUUGAAGGCAGAGGUAGCAGUAAUCAGACAAGAUUUCCAAGAACGUGUUACGAGUCAGUUUUUAGUGAAAAAACAUUGGGUUAGGAGCCAAGACCCAUCUCUUCACUAUUUUGGUAUUGUGCAAGUCAUCUUAUCUCUCUGGACCUCAGUUGUCUCAUCUGUAAAAAGGAGAUAAAAAUUAUUUACCUGCCUGAACAUGAGGUGGAGGACCAUCCUGCUACAGUAUUGCUUUCUCUUGAUUACAUGUCUACUUACUGCUCUUGAAGCUGUGCCUAUAGACAUAGACAAGACAAAAGUACAAAAUAUUCACCCUGUGGAAAGUGCAAAGAUAGAACCACCAGAUACUGGACUUUAUUAUGAUGAAUAUCUCAAGCAAGUGAUUGAUGUGCUGGAAACAGAUAAACACUUCAGAGAAAAGCUCCAGAAAGCAGACAUAGAGGAAAUAAAGAGUGGGAGGCUAAGCAAAGAACUGGAUUUAGUAAGUCACCAUGUGAGGACAAAACUUGAUGAACUGAAAAGGCAAGAAGUAGGAAGGUUAAGAAUGUUAAUUAAAGCUAAGUUGGAUUCCCUUCAAGAUAUAGGCAUGGACCACCAAGCUCUUCUAAAACAAUUUGAUCACCUAAACCACCUGAAUCCUGACAAGUUUGAAUCCACAGAUUUAGAUAUGCUAAUCAAAGCGGCAACAAGUGAUCUGGAACACUAUGACAAGACUCGACAUGAAGAAUUUAAAAAAUAUGAAAUGAUGAAGGAACAUGAAAGGAGAGAAUAUUUAAAAACAUUGAAUGAAGAAAAGAGAAAAGAAGAAGAGUCUAAAUUUGAAGAAAUGAAGAAAAAGCAUGAAAAUCACCCUAAAGUUAAUCAUCCAGGAAGCAAAGAUCAACUAAAAGAGGUAUGGGAAGAGACUGAUGGAUUGGAUCCUAAUGACUUUGACCCCAAGACAUUUUUCAAAUUACAUGAUGUUAAUAGUGAUGGAUUCCUGGAUGAACAAGAAUUAGAAGCCCUAUUUACUAAAGAGUUGGAGAAAGUAUAUGACCCUAAAAAUGAAGAGGAUGAUAUGGUAGAAAUGGAAGAAGAAAGGCUUAGAAUGAGGGAACAUGUAAUGAAUGAGGUUGAUACUAACAAAGACAGAUUGGUGACUCUGGAGGAGUUUUUGAAAGCCACAGAAAAAAAAGAAUUCUUGGAGCCGGAUAGCUGGGAGACAUUAGAUCAGCAACAGUUCUUCACAGAGGAAGAACUAAAAGAAUAUGAAAAUAUUAUUGCUUUACAAGAAAAUGAACUUAAGAAGAAGGCAGAUGAGCUUCAGAAACAAAAAGAAGAGCUACAACGUCAGCAUGAUCAACUGGAGGCUCAGAAGCUGGAAUAUCAUCAGGUCAUACAGCAGAUGGAACAAAAAAAAUUACAACAAGGAAUUCCUCCAUCAGGGCCAGCUGGAGAAUUGAAGUUUGAGCCACACAUUUAAAGUCUGAAGUCCACCAGAGCUCGGAAGAAAGCUGUUAACUCAACAUCUAUUUCAUCUUUUUAGCUCCCUUCCUUUUUCUCUGCUCAAUAAAUAUUUUAAAAGCAUAUUUGAAAUAAAGGAAGAUACUUUUUAAA